AUGCCAACGGUCAAUUUUGAGGCGUUUAAUGUUAUAUCAAACAGGCUUAUACAAGAAGAAUUAUCAUACGACUGUGUGGAUCAGGAGAAAGAGAACCAGGAAUUGGUAAGGCAGUUAACAGAAGAGCAAAAUUUCAUAUACAAUGAGGUGUUAACAGAUAUUGAUCGCAAAGCUGGCGGGUUAUUCUUCGUUUAUGGUUAUGGAGGGACUGGUAAGACGUUUUUGUGGCGAGCAUUGUCCUCCGCUUUAAGGUCUAAGAGGGAAAUAGUGUUAAAUGUUGCAUCUAGCGGCAUAGCUUCGCUUUUAUUACCAGGUGGAAGAACUGCACAUUCUCGGUUUGUCAUACCGAUAUCUGUUAAUGAAGAUUCCACUUGCAACAUAAGUCACGGCAGUCCAUUAGCAGAGCUUAUUGUUCAAAGCAAGCAGAUUCUACCAGUAAUUCCAAAGGGUACAAGACAGGAUAUUGUUCGGGCGAGCAUUAGUAGUUCCUCAUAUCUUUGGAAAUCCUGGAAAGUAUUUAGGCUAACUAAUAAUCUACGUCUAAGAAGUGUACAAUCACAAAUCGAGGGUAAAGAGAUUGAGGAGUUUGCAAAAUGGAUAGCUAAUAUAGGUGACAUAACUAUUGGUAAUUCAAGUGAUGAUAGCACUAACCAAUACAUGAAUGAUCAUAAUCCGGCUGAGGGUAGGACUUACUUGAGUUGUGAUUCCGUUUGUAAGUCAGAUUCAAAUGUUGAUAUGUUAGCAGAUUUGCACACUCCCGAAUUCUUGAAUGACCUGAGAUGUUCUGGAGUACCAAAUCAUGCUUUGACAUUGAAAGUUGGGUCACCUGUUAUGUUCUUGAGAAAUAUUGAUCACACACUAGGAUUAUGCAACGAUACAAGGUUGAUUGUUACUAGGUUAGCUGAUCACGUGUUGGAAGCCAAGAUCAUGUGCGGACAAAUGCAGGAACAAGAGAAUUAA